CAAAUAAUCGAAUAAUCAAAAUGCCUACGUGGCAUGAUUUUCGCUUCGGUGAAUGCUAAGCAAAUCGUCUCCCGUUUCGGCUGCUGGUCCAAGAAAAACUUGGCUGGUGGAGCCGAUGUCUUCGCUCCAGCGAGUGUUAGAUCCCAUCCCUUCUUCAAUCUUUUUUCUACCACCGUUACCCUUACCCAAAUUCCAUUUUUACACCACCGCCGUAAAACCCAGAACCCACUUUCUCCUCCUCUCGGCAAGAGCAGCCAGAAGAGAUGUCUGGACCAGAAGCAACACAACUCAUAGAACGCCGUCGUAUUUUCCAAAACGACAAAACAAAGAACCGGUGUUUUUGGAUCACAGUGUAGACAUGAACGAGCUGUUGAGCUCCAUUAGCCAAACCCAAAACGAGCAGGAACUUUACUCUUUGCUUUCUCCAUACAAAGAUAGGCAACUUUCUAUCCGGUUCAUGGUUUCUCUUCUUUCUCAUGAAUCCGAUUGGGAGAGAUCUAUCGCUCUUCUUGAUUGGAUCAAUGAGGUAGCUCGCUAUUCUCCUUCGGUGUUUGCAUACAACGUGGUUAUGCGUAAUGUGCUUAGGGCCAAGCAGUGGGAACUCGCUUAUGGCCUGUUUGAUGAAAUGCGUCAGAAAGCUCUUGCACCUGAUAGGUAUACUUACUCUAUGCUCAUUACUUAUUUUGGAAAAGCGGGUAUGUUUGAUUCUUCUCUUUUUUGGCUCCAACAAAUGGAGCAAGACCGUGUGUCAGGUGAUCUUGUUUUGUAUAGUAAUUUAAUUGAGCUUUCGCGCAAGUUGCGAGAUUAUUCUAAGGCUAUUUCUAUAUUUAUGAGGCUAAAAAGGAGUGGGAUUAUGCCGGAUUUGGUUGCCUAUAAUUCCAUGAUUAAUGUCUUUGGGAAAGCUAGGUUGUUUAGAGAGGCGAGGAUGCUGCUAAAGGAGAUGAGAGAAGUGGGGGUUAUGCCUGAUACAGUAAGUUAUUCAACGCUUUUAAGUGUUUAUGUUGAACAUGAGAAGUUUGUGGAGGCCUUGUCUGUUUUUGCAGAGAUGAAAGAUGUCAAGUGCCCACUUGACCUCACAACAUGUAAUAUUAUGAUUGAUGUUUAUGGACAGCUUGAUAUGGCCAAGGAAGCAGAUAGGUUGUUUUGGAGCAUGAGGAAGAUGGGGAUAGAGCCAAAUGUUGUUAGUUAUAAUACCCUUUUGAAGGUCUAUGGCGAGGCUGAACUUUUUGGGGAAGCUAUCCAUUUAUUUAGGUUGAUGCAGAGGAAGGAUAUUGAGCAGAAUGUUAUCACAUACAAUACUAUGAUCAAGAUUUAUGGGAAGUCACUUGAGCAUGAAAAGGCCACAAAUCUUGUGCAAGAGAUGCAGAAAAGAGGCAUUGAACCAAAUGCCAUUACAUACUCAACAAUCAUUUCUAUUUGGGGUAAGGCAGGAAAAUUGGAUAGGGCAGCAAUGUUGUUCCAAAAGCUGAGGAGUUCAGGGGUUGAGAUUGAUCAAGUCCUUUAUCAAACCAUGAUUGUAGCUUAUGAGAGGGUAGGCUUGGUUGCUCAUGCCAAGCGUCUGCUUCAUGAGCUCAAAUGCCCUGAUAAUAUCCCUAGGGAGACUGCCAUUAAAAUUCUUGCCAGAGCUGGUAGGAUAGAAGAGGCCACGUGGGUUUUUCGUCAGGCUUUUGAUGAUGGUGAGGUGAAGGACAUAUCUGUAUUUGGAUGCAUGAUUGAUCUUUUCUCAAGAAACAAAAGGCCUGCAAAUGUCAUCGAGGUGUUUGAGAAGAUGAGACGAGCUGGAUAUUUCCCAGAUUCUGAUGUGAUUGCUCUUGUCCUGAAUGCUUAUGGAAAGUUGAGGGAAUUUGAGAAGGCAGAUUCUUUAUAUAGGGAAAUGCAGGAAGAAGGGUGUGUUUUUCCAGAUGAAGUUCACUUUCAGAUGCUGAGCCUCCAUGGUGCAAGAAAAGAUUUUAUGAUGGUAGAAUCUCUGUUUGAGAAGCUAGAUUCUGAUCCUAACAUUAACAAAAAGGAAUUGCAUCUUGUUGUUGCCAGCAUCUAUGAAAAAGCAAAUAGAUUAAAUGAUGCAUCACGAAUCAUGAACAGUAUGAGUGAAGAAGGGGUUUUGAGAUUACAACCUUUUUAGAAGUUUGAAUCGGCCUAGUGUCUUGUAGCAUCUGCCAACUGUUGUAGAUUGCACCUUCUUGUACUGAUUAUAUUGUAAAUAUCUUAUUUGAAGAUCAUAUCUUUUCAGUUUUCUGAAAAAUGAAAAUGGUAAUGGCAUUGAGUUUUUUC